AUGAACGAGGAGACUGCCCAAGCCGCGACCAAAAUCCAAGCCAAGUUCAGGCAGAAGCAAGCGGCAGGUGAGGUAGAGGCAAAACGCAAGGAGAAGGAACUGACGACCAGUGCCGCGGACAAUGAAAUCGACAUCCCCAUCGACGACGAGACAGCCCAAGCCGCCACCAAAAUCCAAGCCAAGUUCAGGCAAAAGCAGGCGGCCAGUGAGGUAGAGGCGAUGCGCAAAGAAAAGCUGAAGAGCGAAUCCGUCGACGGGGCUGCUGAAGUCGAGCCAUCGGAUGUGGACAGAUUCGAGACCGACGUUGACAUUGUGCAGGCCGAGCUAGCCAGGCCUGCAGACGAGAUCAGCGAAGUCGAAGCCAUGCUUAAAGAGAAGGAGAAGGAGCAGCAACAGCUGGUUGAGGACAACUCACCCAAGGUGGAGGGGAUGUUCGGCUCGAAGCAGGAGAAGAGGCCUAUGGCCGUGAGUCCUGCAAUUCCUGAAGGUGACGAGGAGGAGUGA